AUGAGCAACUUGGCAUGGCCGUUGCUUUGCUGGAGGAAGAAAACCAGAGCCGUCGUGGUUCAUGAGAAGGUCGGGCAUCGAAUGUGGACAGACAUAGACAUUCUCGGGAAAAAUUGUGCUGGAAAUUUGGGGCUACUUCCCGAGCAAAAGUUCACAGCUGUGAUACGAAUGUUGGCAUAUGGGUCAUCUGCUGAUCAGGUGGAUGAGAUUGCCCGGAUGAGGAAGUCCAUUAUUUUGGAGAGCUUGGUGCGAUUUUGUGAUGCAGUGGAAAAUCUGUACACCAGGGACUAUCUGCGCAGACCUACGCCCAGGGACCUGCAACGGCUUCUACAAAAAGCUGAGUCUCGUGGAUUUCCUGAAAUGAUUGGUAGCAUUGACUGCAUGCACUGGCAAUGGAAAAAUUGUCCAACUGCUUGGCAAAGGGAUUAUGGGAAUCGGAAAGGGCAGAAAAGCAUCAUCCUUGAAGCAGUUGCUGGUUUUGAUACAUAG